AAAAUAAAGGAAAAUAGAGGAAAGCCCUUGAAUCCUUCAUUUCUCCAUUCUUCUUCUUCCUCCGGUUCUACUCUCUUCUACGGCUUUCCUUAAUUUGUAGCUCCUGAAUUUCACAGAUUCCGUCUUCCACCAGCCCACAACCAUUCUCUUCCUCCCUCCGAAGGCUUCUCCUUUUCACAGUUUCUGAUAUCCUUCCUCUCACAGUGAUUAUAGCUGCUGAUAAUUAGAGGGGUUUAAUUAGAAAUGGCGAAUGAGUUUGGUGAAUCAACAAGUGUGCCACAUCAAAACUCAUCUUGGUCUACUAAUAGUGACACUACCAACAAUGAUACUGGUGAUUUUGAAUGCAAUAUUUGCUUUGAGUUAGCUCAAGACCCAAUUAUCACUCUUUGUGGUCAUCUCUUUUGCUGGCCUUGUUUAUAUAGAUGGCUACAUCAUCACUCACAAUGUCAAGAAUGUCCUGUUUGUAAGGCUCUUGUUCAAGAGGAGAAGUUGGUUCCCCUUUAUGGUAGGGGUAAAAUACCAUCCGAUCCAAGAUUAAAUAGAUAUCCUGGUAUUGAUAUUCCAAGUCGUCCUGCUGGUCAAAGACCUCAAACAGCACCACCCCCUGUUCCCAAUGACUUUCCAAAUUAUGGAUUUGGAUUCACUGGUGGCUUCAUGCCAAUGGCAACUGCAAGGAUUGGUAACUUCACUUUAGCUACUGCUUUUGGUGGUCUGAUCCCUUCUUUGUUCAACAUCCAGUUUCAUGGAUUUCCUGAUGCUACUGUCUAUGGAACUACUUCUGGUUACCCUUAUGCAUUCAACACCUUCCAUGGGGGUCAUGGUCACCAUUUUCCGCAACCGUCGACUCGAGGUCAGCAUGCUGAUAACGUACUGAAAAACCUCCUUUUACUUGUUGGUGUGUUUGUAAUUCUUGCUUUGCUCUGGUGGUGAAGAUAAUCUUUCAUUUCAAUGGAAAUAGCCACAAGUGUAGAGAUUUCAUUUUUAGUGCUUAUGAGGUAGGUUAGUUGAUGCUGUGAUCAUAUAUAUGUAUGCUUGAUAAUACUUACUGUGAGGUUCCUAUCAAUUCAUGUUAUUGAUGUCCCAAAGGACUUCUGGUUGUUGCUUUCUUUUGCACAGACCAGUUCACAAUCCUGCUUCUGGAAACUUCUUUACCCCAACAGUAAUAAAGUGAAAUUAUUUUGCUAUUUUGUUCAA